GACCACCUCCCUCAGCUCCACCCACACCCGCUCAUCACGAUGAUCCUGAUCGAUGGGCACGCACUCUUCGUGGUUACACUCGCGACCACGCCACCUACGUCCUCGCCGAUGCCGCUCAUAAGGACGCUCUUGCCGCCUACGCCGCUGCUACCACUGCAACAACCGAGCCCCUUCCCCACCCGUCCUCCCCACUAACCCACCCCAGGUGA